AUGGAGAACAACCCACUUCACCUUUUACCUCAUCUCACUCUAACACUCCUCCUCACAAUCAUAAUAACAGUUUCCUCUCCUAUGAUCACUACUGCAGAAUCACUUGCACCAGUUUCUUCCAUCAAAACUGACGCACACGCGCUUCUCACAUUCAAAAACAUGAUUCAGAAGGAUCCAAAUGGAGUCUUAUCAGGCUGGAAUCCAAAAACCAACCCAUGCACCUGGUUUGGCAUCACUUGCACCGUAGGAAGAGUCACUGGCCUAGAAGUUACCGGAAACAAUGACCUUUCCGAAACUAUUUCGCUUGAUCCUUUAUUCUCUUUAGACAUGUUAUCGGUUUUGAAGCUUUCUCUCAAUUCAUUUUCUGUAAAUUCUUCUUCCUUGCUUCAGUUACCAUAUAGUUUAACUCAACUUGAUCUUUCCUUUGGUAAAGUCACAGGUCCCGUCCCUGAAAAUCUAUUCUCCAACUGUCCUAAUCUUGUUGUUGUGAAUCUUUCUUACAACAAUUUGACAGGUCCUAUUCCUGAGAAUUUUAUACAAAAUUCUGAUAAACUUCAGUCCCUUGAUCUGUCUUCAAACAAUUUGACAGGUUCAAUUUCUGGUUUGAGAAUUGAGUACUGUAAAUCAUUGUUGCAGAUUGAUCUAUCAGGAAACCAUUUAUCAGACUCCAUUCCGGUUUCUCUGUCGAAUUGCACUAGUCUUAAGAGUUUGAAUUUAGCAAACAAUUUCAUAUCUGGUGGAAUUCCGAAGAAUUUAGGUGAGUUGAAGAGAUUACAGACUUUGGAUCUUUCACACAAUCAAAUCACUGGUUGGAUCCCUUCUGAAUUGGGAAAUGUUUGUGGUUCUCUUUUAGAACUUAAACUUUCUUUCAACAAUAUUACUGGUUCCAUUCCGAGUGGUUUCAAUUCUUGCACUUGGCUGCAACUUGUUGAUAUAUCCAACAAUAAUAUGACAGGUGAAUUGCCCGAGUCGGUGUUUCGGAGCCUUGGAUCAUUGCAGGAACUUAGGUUGGGAAAUAAUGCUAUCUCUAUGAAGUUUCCAUCUUCAUUAUCUUCAUGCAAGAAGUUGAGGAUUGUGGAUUUCAGCUCGAAUAAGAUUUAUGGAACCAUCCCUAGAGAUUUGUGUCCAGGUGCAGGCUCACUUGAAGAACUGAGAAUGCCUGAUAAUCUCAUAACAGGUGAGAUUCCUGCUGAAUUGUCCAAGUGUUCGCAAUUGAAGACUAUUGAUUUUAGUUUGAAUUAUUUGAACGGUUCGAUUCCUGAUGAGUUAGGAGAGCUUGAGAAUCUUGAGCAGUUGAUAGCAUGGUUCAAUGGUUUGGAAGGAAAAAUUCCACCAAAGUUGGGACAAUGUAAGCAUCUAAAGGAUUUAAUAUUGAAUAACAAUCACCUUAGUGGUGAAAUUCCUAUUGAGUUGUUCAAUUGCAGCAAUCUUGAAUGGAUAUCAUUGACAAGCAAUGAACUCACGGGCGAAAUACCGAAAGAGUUCGGACUUUUGACGAGGCUAGCUGUUCUUCAGCUUGGAAACAACAGCUUCACUGGUGAGAUACCUUCAGAGCUAGCAAAUUGCAACAGUUUGGUGUGGUUGGAUUUGAACAGCAAUAAGCUCACAGGAGAGAUCCCUCCUAGACUUGGAAGACAGCAAGGAGCGAAAUCGUUGUUUGGUAUUCUUUCAGGAAACACUUUGGUGUUUGUACGAAAUGUCGGAAACUCGUGUAAAGGUGUUGGAGGUUUGUUAGAAUUCUAUGGAAUCCGGUCCGAACGGCUUUCACAGAUACCGACAUUGAGGUCUUGUGAUUUCACAAGACUGUAUUCUGGUCCUGUGCUUAGCUUGUUUACCAAGUAUCAGACUCUUGAGUAUCUUGACCUCUCUUACAAUCAGCUUCGAGGAAAAAUACCGGACGAAUUCGGAGAUAUGAUUGCCUUACAGGUACUUGAAUUGUCUCACAAUCAACUAUCUGGAGAAAUACCUUCAUCCCUUGGCCAGCUCAAAAACUUGGGAGUUUUUGAUGCAUCUCAUAAUAGACUUCAGGGUCAUAUCCCAGACUCAUUCUCAAACCUAUCAUUUUUAGUGCAGAUAGAUCUAUCUUACAAUGAGUUAACAGGUCAAAUUCCAUCUAGGGGGCAGCUUAGUACACUUCCAGCCACUCAAUAUGCAAACAAUCCAGGCCUCUGCGGCGUUCCGUUGCCCGACUGCAAAAAUGACAACAGCCAAUCGACAUCGAAUCCAAGUGAUGAUGUUAGCAAAGGAAGCCAAAGAAAAUCAGUUGCAUCAUGGGCAAACAAUAUUGUCAUGGGAGUUCUGAUUUCUGUUGCUUCUGUAUGUAUUUUGAUUGUGUGGGCGAUUGCAAUGCGCGUAAGGAGGAAAGAGGCCGAUGAAGUGAAGAUGCUUAAGAGAUUGCAAGCUUGCCAUGCUGCUACGACAUGGAAAAUUGAUAAAGAGAAAGAGCCAUUAAGCAUUAAUGUUGCAACAUUUCAGAGGCAGUUGAGGAAGCUUAAAUUCUCACAGUUGAUUGAAGCAACCAAUGGCUUCUCAGCAGAAAGCCUAAUAGGUUGUGGUGGUUUCGGUGAAGUGUUCAAGGCGACACUCAAAGACGGAUCGUCCGUCGCGAUAAAGAAGCUCAUUCGACUGAGUUGCCAAGGCGAUAGAGAAUUCAUGGCUGAGAUGGAAACCUUAGGAAAAAUCAAGCAUAGAAAUCUUGUCCCUUUAUUAGGAUACUGCAAAGUAGGUGAAGAGAGGCUACUUGUUUAUGAAUACAUGGAAUUCGGAAGCUUAGAAGAGAUGCUCCACGGAAGAAUAAAGACACGCGAUCGACGCAUUUUAACAUGGGAAGAAAGGAAGAAAAUUGCAAGAGGUGCUGCUAAAGGACUUUGUUUUCUGCAUCACAAUUGCAUCCCUCACAUCAUACACAGAGACAUGAAAUCAAGCAAUGUGUUACUUGAUCAUGAAAUGGAGUCAAGGGUCUCGGAUUUCGGGAUGGCAAGACUAAUAAGCGCGCUCGAUACACAUCUUAGUGUAAGCACACUAGCAGGAACACCAGGAUAUGUUCCACCAGAAUACUACCAAAGUUUCAGGUGCACUGCAAAGGGUGAUGUAUACUCAUUUGGUGUUGUAAUGUUGGAGCUUCUUAGCGGGAAGCGUCCUACCGAUAAAGAGGAUUUCGGCGACACAAACUUGGUCGGAUGGGCUAAGAUUAAGGUGCGCGAAGGGAAACAAAUGGAAGUGAUUGAUUCUGAUUUGCUUUUGGAGACUCAAGGAGGAACAAAUGAAGCAGAAGUGAAAGAAGUGAAAGAAAUGUUGAGAUAUUUGGAGGUUACUUUGCGGUGUGUCGAUGAUUUUCCUUCGAGAAGGCCAAGCAUGUUGCAGGUAGUUGCCAUGUUGAGAGAGCUUAUGCCUGGAUCAAAUGAAGGAAGCAGCAACAGUGCUUAA